CUACACUGUUUAUGGGUUUACUUUUUACACUGCGAGUUUUUUUCACCGCACACACAGGCUUCUUUAAUAUAAUAGUUUGCUCCGGAUUCGAUUCCUGGACCACCAAACCCUUCAAAACCUUUAAAUUCAGAGGGUUUUCAAAGUGGAGGGUAUAAAAACUUGGUCUCUAUGUGCUUUAAAUUCAUGGCAAGGAGGACCUGAGAAAAGACAGCACAGAAUAGAAAUGCAGAAAAAAUGCAGAGAUUUUCAUCUGCAUUGGGUUUUAGCCACCAUUUUUGCAGUCCUCGUCAGAGCGGAUGAUACGAUAGACCUCGGGCCUGGUCUUACCGGCGACCAGACAAUUGCUUCCCAAAACGGGCAAUUUGAGCUUGGAUUCUUUAGUCCCGGUAGCAACAACAAAUGGUAUAUCGGCAUCUGGUAUGCGCAAAUCACUCCCAGAACUGUCGUUUGGGUAGCCAAUAGGGAGCAGCCCGUCAGCAGUUUCGCGGCCCUGAAAUUUACAGAAAAUGGCACCUUGGCAGUUUUGGAGGCCAAUAAUAACCCUGUUUGGGAGACCGGGAACCUCCUGAGGGCUUCUCGCGCCGUAAUUUUGGAUUCCGGCAACCUGGUUUUAUUGGCGGAUGACAGUAGUAAUAGAAAUGAUAGUAAGAAGGGGAAGAAACAUGCAAGUGAUAUUGUGGUUUGGGAAAGCUUCGACAAUCCAGCGGACACGUGGCUACCGGGAAUGAAGAUCAGUUAUGGAAAGCUUCUCACUUCGUGGAAAACCCUAACAAACCCGGCGCCCGGAGAUUUUAGUCUGCGGUUAAAUUUGGAGGAAAGUGGCAGCAAUUCUGGGAAAUUUAGCGAAUUCCAGCUCGUAUGGCGGAAUUCCUUUCCUUACUGGAGCAGCGGCAAAUGGAUUGGCAACAGCUUCAUGUUUAUACCAGAAAUGACUGUCAAAUAUAUCUACAAUUUCAGCUUUGUGAACCCCAACUCAUCUGACGGGUAUUUUACUUACACAGUUUUGCCCCAAUCUAAUGUAAUGUCUAGGUUUGCAGUAGAUAACUUUGGUAAGAUUAAACAGUAUACUUGGACUAAUCAGGCAAAUGCUUGGAACAUGUUUUGGCAAGAGCCGAGAGGGAAUUGUAAGGUUUAUGGGCUUUGUGGGCCUAAUGGGGUUUGUGAUGAUAGUGAAAAUGUCACUAAUUCUGACUUUUGUAAAUGUGUUGGGGGUUUCAAAUCUAGGUUUCCGCAGGCAUGGGAUUCUCAGGAUUGGUCCGGGGGUUGUGUUAGGAGUAGUCCCUUACAGUGUAAAACUGAUACUUUUUAUGAGUUUGGUAAUGUCGAUCUUGAUAAGGAUAAUAUUAAUAGUGUUUUGAUUAGUGGCGGCGUUUCUGUGGAUUCUUGUAGGAGGUCAUGUUUGGAUAAUUGUUCUUGUAUUGGAUAUGCAUAUAGAGAGGGUUUCAAAGAAUGUAGGAUGUUGUGGGGUGAUCUCUGGAAUUUGAGAAAUUGUUCCGCUGAUGAUGACAAUGACAGUGGGACUACUAGUGAUAGUACUUGUACUAGGAAUAGUGCACUGGUUUAUGUUCGUAUUGCUGCCUGUGAUUUGCCUAAGAAGGAUUUUCCCAAGAGGAAAGUGAGUCCUGGUGUGCUGAUUGGUGCACUUUCUGGUUUCGGUGCAUUCACUAUAAUUGUCUUUCUGAAUUUUCUGUGUUGGAAACAUUGGAAAAAGGCGAAGAAUACUGCAGAAAGUUUCCAUGGAACUACUCUGACCAUGUUUACCUACAAGGAUCUCCAGAUUGCCACGAGAAACUUUUCUGAGAAGCUGGGCUCUGGAGGGUUUGGGUCUGUUUACAAGGGUGUUCUUUCUGGUUCAAUCCCUAUUGCAGUUAAGAAAUUGGAGAGGCCAGAAGGUGGAGAGAAACAGUUUAGGAUGGAGGUCAGCACCAUUGGUACCAUUCAGCAUGUGAAUCUUGUUCGGCUUAGAGGCUUUUGCUCUGAGGGUGACAGGAGAUUGUUGGUCUAUGAUUACAUGCCCAAUGGGUCUUUGAAUACAUUCUUGUUUAAAGAGCAGCAAAAUAUUCUGGGUUGGGAUACACGCUAUCGUAUUGCACUAGGGACCGCACGGGCAUUAGCAUAUUUGCAUGAAGAAUGCAGGGAUUGUAUCAUCCAUUGUGAUAUCAAACCAGAGAAUAUUCUCCUUGAUGCAGAUUUUAAUGCCAAAGUAUCAGAUUUUGGGCUAGCAAAACUUGUUGGCAGGGACUUUAGCCGGGUUCUGACAACAAUGCGUGGUACCAGAGGCUAUCUUGCUCCAGAAUGGAUAUCUGGACUUCCAAUCACUGCCAAGGCUGAUGUCUACAGCUUUGGAAUGACAUUGUUGGAGAUUAUAGGUGGUCGUAGAAAUAUUGAAACAAGCAAUGUGGAAUCAGAAAAAUGGUUUUUUCCACCCUGGGCAGCCAAGCAAGUCAGCGUGGGAAACAUUCUGGAGCUUGUAGAUAAUCAUCUGGCUAUGGGCAUUGAUGAAGAAGAGGUUAGACGUGCAGCAAUGGUAGCUAUCUGGUGCAUUCAGGAUGAUGAGGACUCAAGACCCACAAUGGGCACUAUUGUGAAGAUGUUAGAAGGAAUUCUUGAUGUUUCGACACCUCCAAUUCCCAGAACUCUACAAGCUCUCAUGGAUGAAAACCGUGUGUCUCAAACAAUGACGGUGGAUUCUGAAAUGGAUUCACCGGUUUCUUCACCUUCUUCAAUUGUUGUUGUCAAUGCUUCCAAAGAUUUGGAAAGUAGUUAAAUUGUGUGAAGGAUUAAACUGUUUGCAGAGGAGUUUGCUGUUUUGUUCAAGGAAAACUCCAUGGAGAAAACCUCAUACUCCUGUUGCAUGCCCCUGCAAUGUAAUUUUCUACGUGUUGUACUUGUAAUACAAUGUAAUUCAAAUUUUGAACUGUUAA